GGCGCGCGCGGGGCUGGACUCGCGCCCCCUCAGGCAGGUCUCGCGCCCGCCCCACCCCCCCCGUCCCCUCAGGCGUCCUCGCGCCCCCUCAGGCCGCCAUGGCCACCCCGCCCAAGCGCUGCAGGCCCGGCGGCCGCCUCAAGAAGGUCGCCGUGGAGGGCAACAUCGCUGCAGGGAAAUCCACCUUUGUGAAUAUUCUGAAACAAGCCAGCGAAGACUGGGAAGUGGUUUUCGAGCCUGUAGCUAGAUGGUGCAAUGUCCAGCAAAGCUCUGGAGACGACCGUGAGGAGCUGACCACGUCGCAGAAGAGCGGCGGGAACGUGCUGCGGAUGAUGUACGAGAAGCCGGAGCGCUGGGCGUUCACCUUCCAGACGUACGCGUGCCUCAGCAGGAUCCGGGCUCAGCUCAACGCCCUGGAUGGCAAACUCCGGGAUGCGCAGAAUCCCGUGCUGUUCUUCGAGCGCUCUGUCUACAGCGACAGGUACAUCUUUGCUGCUAAUUUGUACGAGUCUGACUGCAUGAAUGAGACCGAGUGGACAAUUUACCAGGACUGGCACGACUGGAUAAAUAAACAGUUUGGCUCCAGGCUGGCGCUGGAUGGGAUCAUUUAUCUCCGAGCCACUCCUGAGAAAUGCUUGAAUAGGAUUUAUUUGCGUGGAAGAGAUGAGGAGCAAGAAAUCCCCAUUGAAUAUCUGGAGAAGCUUCACUACAAGCAUGAAAGCUGGCUCCAGCACAGGACGCUGCGAACAGAUUUUGACUAUCUGCAGGAAAUUCCGAUUUUAACGCUCGAUGUUAACGAAGACUUCAAAGGCAAAAAGGACAGAUACGAUCACAUGAUUGAAAAGGUCAAGGAAUUUUUGAGCACGUUGUGAUCCUCUUUGAAGCGCAGAGAGAGUCAAACUAUUCCAAACUUGUGUGAGAUCAAAGUCUCAAGUGCGGCUUCUUCCUUCUUUUAUAGGAGGCCUCUGGAGAGGCACAACUCAGCCCUGGUGAUUUGGUUGUGAGGAACAAAUAAACUUGGUGAUUAGGGAAAUGACUAAAUAAAUCGGUACGUCUGUUCAGCAUUAUGUGAAGUAACAUGCACAAAUCCUGAAGAGACAAAAGAUUCUGAGCAUUGCCAAAUGCUCAGCUGGCUUCUGAUCGGACCAAUGAGUUCUAGAGCAUUUUAUAGAUGUUUUUAAUUUAUUUCGUACCCAAUUGCUAUUUAAUUUUGAGGAGGGUAGCUGUUUUUUUAGAUCUCUUCAGUGUCUUGUUAGUCUCAUGGAUCUGUAAUGGAUGUUUUGUUGUUCCCAGGAAGUAAAAGGUAAAAGCCUUUUUUGCUGCUGAGUGAACUUGAUUAUAACCUGAAAUUUUAUGUUUUAAGGUACACAAAAAUGUUUUCUGAUGCUUUUGAUAGAAGAAGUUCUUUGUGGAAUACACUGAAUGAAAUCCAAAUGUGACUGAAAUUCUGUAUAUAACAAGUGAAUUUUUAUAUCUGCUUCUAUUCUGCACUGCAAGCCAGGACAUUUGAGGCUUUUUGUUACCCAGCAUGUUUGGGGCUUUUUUUUACCAAUUAUUUUUGGUUUUUCCAAAAACAGUGCUGUUUUUGUUGCUGGUCAGCCCCUUUCUCCUGGAGAGGAAUAUGUUUGCUUGCUAGGCAGUGCACUGGGCAGAAGGGCAUUUUGCCAGCGGCCUCCAUCUGUAAAUGACGUGUUGCUAAACCAUCCCAUAAUCGCAUUAGGGAUGUGAGAGGUGGCUUCCUGCCUUUGUUGCAGCUGCUCCAUGUGUUCACUGAGUCUUGGGGGUGCUUAUCCCAGAUCCUGCACUGUUGGAAGUAGGAUUUUCGGUCUCACCUGCUGGGAGUAAGAAGGGGAGACCUGUGAGGAGUAGUUGCUGCCUGAGCCUCUUGUUCCGGGUGCAGAGAACAAACUUGAGGCUGCCUGUCUCACGUGCUGGGUUUUGUGAGCUGCCUUGUUCUGCUUUAAACACUUCUGAGUGCAUGGUGGGCUUCUGAAGGCAACAUUUUAUUGUAAAGCUUUUCAUUGUCUACCGUGGUGCUUCUGCUACCUGCUUGUUUGGGAUGAGAUUUCUUCCUUUAUGGCUGGAGUUGUGCUGGCAUUCUCUAACCAGUGGCUGAAAAAUAAAAGUGGUUGGAAAG